CUCUGGCUAGCGCGAAUAAUCGAUGUCCAGGACACUCUCUAGAGCCUUUCUCAAUGCGACCGCUGUGGGGAUCAUGACGCAUGGAUUCAGGAGUCUCGGUUCCUUGGGCGAUGUCGAGGUUUGGAUUCGUAGUCAAUAUGGUGGUCAUUUCCAAUACCUCACGAUUCAAGGACUACUACUGGCGUGGUUGACCAUGCUGACUGGUUUGACUGUUGCAAUAUUCCCGUAUUCAAGUGCCCUUCGUUCUUUGAAAAGACACCUCUUUAUAAUAGCCAUGCCUCUUGCUGCGGUUAUCUCAUUAGUCUACUGGACCCUGAUACUACUCCUCCCGAGUCUCAUUGUACAAUCCGACCGCCUUCGCCUCCCACUAUCCAUUGACCUGGCUUUACAUGCGUCGCCUGCGUUGGCUUUGCUGGUGGAUUUUUUGAUCUUCGACAUCAAAUACGAGGAGAGGGAACUAAAAUAUCGUGUACCCUUUGCUGCAACUGUCUUCGCGGUAUGGUAUGGUUUGUGGGUUGAGCAUUGCGCUAAAAAUAACAACGGGAACUUUCCCUACCCGUUCCUUACGGAAAACCCAUUGGAGAUUCGCAUUGUUAUCUAUGUUGUUGCAGCGCUGGUAGCUAUAAUGUCCUUUAGGCUGAUCAACAGCUUCCACCCCACUGUCACUAAGCAAAUCAGACAUGACGAGUAAUGCAAUCAGAUCUCGCAAU